GACUGACCAAAUGUCAAAUUUCCAGCUAAAUUUCCAGUUAUGGUUUGCUCUUUCUCUCCUCUUCCUACAAAACGUCAAUCCCAAUAACGCCUCCCCAUUACUAGCGAAAAAAUAAGCGCUGCCCUUUUUCUCUUUUACUACAUUUUAAUUUUUUCUUUUUACUUUUUUCCCCCAACACCCAACAUCAUAGCUCCUCCUCCUUCCCAUUUUCUCCUCUUCCCUUUCUUCCAUCCACCACAUUUUCAUCCAUAAUAGAAAUCACUCAAUAAAUAUCAUAGCAAAGCAAUCAAACAACCAAACAUUUUCAUAGUCAAAUAUUUAUUUUCUUUUACUUUUCAGGAAAAUAAUUUAUUUUUGUUUGAAAAUAAUGACAAGAUUAUUCCUUUUUCUAGAAGAAACAAAAACUUUAUUUUUAUUAGCUUUGUUGUGUAUUUUAGUCGUUUUUAUUAAGGCUUUCUUUAUUUUAGCCAAAAAUAGGUAGUGGGUUCUACCCCUGUUUUAGUGCGGUGAACGUGGCUUAGUUGGUUAGUAGUCUGACUUGGGGGUGGAAGAUGGAGAUGAGACGGGGGUUCGAAUCCUUCCGGUUGAUUUUUUAUUUUUUUUCGAGACCUCGUCCACAUUUUUGUUAAUUUUGAUUUUUAACGUUGAAAAAGGAGAAUCUCUACUUCCGUUUACUAUAAAAUAAAGGACGUUAAUUUCUUUGUUUUCCAUCCUUUUUUCCUUCCAAAAAUUAAACACUCAAUUUAAUUUCCUUUUAAAAAUUGAUCUUUAACCAAAUGAUUUUCUUUUCUAAUGCUUUUAUUUUAAUUUUUAUUGUUUUGUUUUUUAUUGCCAGUAGCAAUCCGCAUAAACUUUCCCAAAUUAAAAAGAACAAUAGGAAAUGUUACUUUUGAUUUUGGUUUGAAAACUGACAUGAUAAAUUUUCCAUGAGCAAUCCCUUCACUUUUUCUCUCUAAAUGUAUCAAUCUAACAUAAAAAUCGCAGUUAAAGUUGCAGAAUUGUUCGCAAAAAUUUUUGCGCAACCUUGAAAAAGUUUGUCCGCAAAGUAAAAUUUUUGUCCGCAAAUUUAAUUUUUUGUCCGCAAAUUUUGUCCGCAAAAAUUUUUUUCAUUUUUUCAGAAAAGCUAGUUAAAUAUAUUGUUUUCUACUUUGUCAAUUUUUUAUUCAUUUAAUUGUUCAUAAUCAGAGCAAAUUUUCACAUAAAAUAAUGGACGUGCCUUUGCCUUCACUUCUUCCUGGUAUUUUCCCUACAACGAAUAGCAUGCUUCGUGGGUCAGGUAUUCUCUACUGGCUCUCAUCAAAAGCGGGUCUUAUUAAUUGCUCAAAGCCAGUUCAUGCAACUGUUUCCUUCCAGAUCAAAGUUAAGGCUAGGAGUCUUCCUGUAUUAUAUUUGACAGUUUUUGAAUCUACUAGGUUUUCCCUUGAUUCCCAGCCAUUUUCAUUUAGACUAGAUUACUUCCUCUUGAUUAUUUUCUUGGGCCCGCACGAAAUUCCUUAUUCCAAUUUCAUCCUUCUCUUUCUUAAACAUUUUUUUCGUUUUCAGGAUUUUUGUGAUUCGGGUGUCACCGACUUGACUCAAUAUUUAAGAGUGGGCUUUCGCUUAGCUUUUCAUGCCAUUCCAAAUAGCAGUAGUGAGUGGAUUGCAAAUUAUGUUAGUCCAAUUAGUGAACAGGAUUUGGCUAACGGUGUAACAAAUGAUGAUCAAGAAUUAAAUAUUGAAUCAUUUGAAAGCAAUAAUAUGCCAACAGGAAAGAACGGCAAAGACACUUAUUCUUUAGAAAAAGAAAUGCGGGCACUUUCUUUUUUACUUGGAAUUUUUCAAAAAAAUGGGCAACUUUACAUUCCUCUUUCAAAUUUACAUAGUCGUAUUAGCAACUCUGGUGAUGCAGAAUUGUCACGUUAUAUUGGCUCUAGUUCAUUAAAACGCCGACAAUUUGUUGAGGACCGUUCCUAUAUUUUUAUGUUGGCAGAUAAUGAUGUUGUUUAUUUGCAAGCUCCAGAAAUUUAUCAAACAGUCACUCUGCUUGCUGAUUUUCUGUUAAAACAUGGUGGCGUUACAAGUUCUGAUCUUCUCUUUUCUUUCUUCAACAAAUGCGUUAAUAUUCCAAUUUCAAUUAAAGAAAGCAUUCAAAAUCGUCGCCCACUUUUUAUGCAAUUUUUAUCUCGCCAUCCAUUUGCUUUUGCACCAUUUCCUUCUCAAUAUUUUGUUGGCGUUCGUCGCAAUUUGCCAUUUUUUGAAUAUUCUGCAUUUAUUCGUCGUAUAACUUCAGCAAAUGCUUCAGAAAAGAAAUUAUUACCAAAUGGUGUAGGUGGAGGAGGAGGAAUUUCUUUUAAUGCUUUUUCCAAUGCCAAUUUUCAACCUCGUUCACUUUCACGUCCACUUUUGUCUGCUGACAGUUUUGAUGGAGGAAAUCAACAAAUGGUUGGGCCAGUUGAUUCUCUGGGAAUUGGACAACAAUUAUCAAUGAAUGCUUGGGGAACUGCUCCAAAUGUUGGUUUGUCUAAUGGUUUUACGGCACCAAAUGGUGGUGGGGUUGGUGGAGGUGGAGGAAUUCAUCGACAUCACAAUAAUAUUGGUGGAGGAAUUAUUGGUGGGGGUAAUGGAGGAAUUGGAGGAGGUAUUGGUGUUGGAAUGGGACAACAGCCUUCUUUUUUGCAUAAUCAACCAAGUAUUACAACUCCUACAACAACACAGAAACCUUUGUUUUCUUUGUUUGAUGAUCCAAUUUUGUCUAAUUCAAAUAUACAAAAUGGAGGAGAUGUUUCCGGAAUUAUUUGUGGUGGUGGUAAUGUUACAGCUUCAAAUGGUGGUGCUAAUUCUUUAGUUAACGUUACAACUUCUUCAAUUGCCACAACUUCAAAUAUUUGGACUUAUGAUAUGGACUUUUUUGGCCCUUCCAAAAUUUCUGAAGUUUUUUCAAAAGAUUUUGGUAAUCUUAGCAUUGGACAAGAACAAAAAACUUCUCCAACUCGUAAACAAUUUGUUGAGAAGGAAAUUCAAACUGACGAAAGUUUGUUUACUGGAGGAGGAAGUAUCUGUUCAAGCUGUGCACAAAAAAUUUGCAAAUAA